CCAUUACUCACACACCUGGGUGAGACACGCAGAAAACGCACUACUCACAUAUGGUUCAGACAGGUUGAGUUACAAAACUAUGAACCGAAAAGGCUUUUAACGGAGAAACCAGACGUUUGUGUUGAGACUGUGGGGUUUAAAGAGUUCGGAUAUUCGGGGGGAAAAGGAAGUCCUAAUGGUACGGAACCAGUAUUUUAGUACGUAGUCGCUAGUUAUGGUCUGUAUUGCAUAUUUCGUCCCUGGACAUGAGAAUCGCCACGACACAUACAACGACAGACGUUGUAUUUUGAACGUCAGAAACAUCGCAGUAAGUCCUGUGCCAGCUCGUUGGUUAUAAGCUCCCCGGUUCUAAUCUGGAAGCAUUGUGCUCUGAAUGGGACGACCAGCCCCAGUAGCACACAGUAUCACGUUACCAGCGCUACCACUGCGCUGGGAAGUCAACAUUGCCACAUUGUAAAUCGUAAACGGACUGCGUUUAUACAGCGCUUUUCUAACCAGUGCCACUCAAAGCGCUUUACAACACUGCCUCACAUUCACCCAUUCAUGCACAUAUUCACACACCGACGGCGGAGUCAACCAUGCAAGGCGGCAGACAGCCCGAUAGGAGCAGGGAUCGAACUAGCAACCUUCCGGAUACCAGCCAACUCAUUCUACCUCCUGAGCCGCAUGCCUCCCGGAGCUCCACGGUUCUAAUCUGAGAUCGUUGGGCUCUGAAUGGGACAACGGCACAUUGCAAAAUCCCAGUAUCACGUUACCAGCCAUCCGCUGCAUUGGGAAGUCAACAUCACCACAUUGUUACCCAAUUGUGUGGCAACACGGACACGCAACACGGCUCUGGAGCCCAGCGCUGGUCCCUGGCUCCCCCCUCCCACCGUCGACCCUGUACCCGGGGGAAGGAGCUCUUAGAGCGGGGCUCGUACCAGAAGCGGUGCGCCGCGGUGCUCCGGCCGGAGUCCCCGACCUCCGAGCCUCUCUUCACGCCGGACGCCGUCUUUCCAACGACCGUGAAACAAACUAGGAAUGCUUUGUUGUGUCGGAGGAGGUUCGCAGUAGUCCGCGGCUCGGUUACAUCCGCGGGGAUGUGGCGCCCAGCUCCAUGGCGGUCGGGCCGUCCACGUUAUCCGGGUAAAAAACCAACAAGCUGCUACACGACCGGAAGGCGCGUCAGUAGGGGAGACCGGUUUGGAGACGGGGGGUCGGGUCCGGAGACCGGGGGUUCGGCCCGGUGCAGCGGGUCAGGAUACAGGGGUUCGGGUCCAGCGGGUCUGGAGACGGGGGUCCGGGUCCAACGGGUCUGGAAACGGUGGUUCGUGUCCGGGCACCGUGUGCGUCUGUCGCUCGCCACCACAGUUGUGUCACCGGAGAAUGUUGAGAGUUUUGCAAACAGAAGCGAACGACGGGUAUUUGCGCCACCCAACGCGUCGUCGACGGCGAGGGUCGGCGGCGCCCCACAGCGACACCUGCUGGCGGCUAUGCUUCGGUUCAACCUCUCAGAGACCCAUCUCAGGAUGUCCUGGACACAUGCGUACCUCUUUGGCGUCCUGGCCGUGCUCCUCGCCCUGACCUUGUGGCAAGAAGCAGAGGCUGCAGCCGUGUCCGGACCUCGAGACAGCGCAGCCCCCGGAGACCGGCCAGCUGCUCUGAGGAGGGUCUUCAUGCAGGGCGCAGACGCCUCUCAUUUCUUCCGCCGGCGCAGCAGGCGGGCGGUGAAGUCCCAGGUGGAGACAGACGCCGAGCAGAGGCAGGUCCUGGCCGCGGACGAGAGGAGGAGGCAGUUCCACGAGGCCAAGCGGGCGAGGCUGGAGAGCCACGCCGAGGAGGAGGGAGACGAGCAGGACGAGAAGAGCCGGGAGUCCACGGAGCAGUGGAGGGAGUUCCACUAUGAUGGCAUGUACCCCUCCCACCAGUACAACCCACAGGCCCCCUAGCCGGCCUGGGACCAGGGGGUCAGCCUACUUGGGACCAGGGGGAGUUCUCCUGAGACCAGCGUCUAGCCCAUAAGAGCCCAGGGGGCCAGUCCACCUGGGACCAGCCCUGACCUCAGCAGUGUGAUUCUGAACACAGUCCGCAACACUGGAUAUGUAAAGGUCUCUGCCUGUGCAAUGACACCCUUUGGCCGGUUACACACCUCGUGAUUUCCCAAGCAAAGGGGAAGGAUUGUGUAGAG